GAGAGAGAGAACAGAAAGAAGAGGACGGAUGCAAGGCGAGGCCAGGAGUGAGGAAACCUUAUCUCUCCUGCUUAUCCAGCUGUUGUCUUUGUGCUUUUCAGGGUGGUUUUAUGAAGCAUCUUUUCCUUCUGUCUUUAAAGAAAAAACGUGACAAAUCCCAACAUCCGUCCUGAUGUGUCGCCGCGAUUCAUCACGAUUGGUCAAGGAUGCGGGAAGAGGCUCCUGUCGCGUCGGUGUUAUUUUCCAUUAAAAAUACUAGGAUGUACGCGAUGAACGACGUCGGACACAUGACAAGCGACACCAGCCUGGUUCGGUGAAGAGGUGGACAUCGACGGAUCUACGCAAAACAACCGCGGGUUUGUGCAAUAAUUUGCGCCUAAUUAUUGUUUGUGGAGGCUGAUAGUGUAGUAUUUUUUUGCCUCUUCCUUCUAACAUAUAUCCAUCCAUCCCGGAGCUCUAAGGCCUACAUAGCCCCGCAUUAUCUCUGGACAUGAAACCCGUGGGAAUUAUGAUACCGACGUGACGCACAGUCACACACACACACACACACACACCACACACACACACACACACACACACACACACACACACACACACACACACACGCGCGCGGUGGGGAAGACAUCGAGGGUGUGAGGUCCAGCAGAGAACACUGAUCACAGGAGGGAGGACGCCCAGUUGCUGUUUGACAAAUCGCGCUGAGGACUGUUAUUUAGACCCAAGCGGACUGGGCACAACAAAUAUUUUUAUUUUUUUUAUUUUAUUUUAUUUUUUUAAUGCACUGGAGCCAGUGGAGCGGGAGGCGGACAGGAGAGUACAGCGGGUGAGGGAGCGGAGGGACGGGAUGCGGGAGACGCAGUGAGCGCGGAGGAGGAGGAGGAAGAAGAGGGAACCAGGAGGAUUGACGGGUCUCAAAUUGCAGCUGGUGGUGUGAAGUCCUAACUCUUCCUGCUCAGCAUGGCUGUGUCUCUGUGGUGUAUGGCAGUGGGCGUGCUCACUCUGGCUCAAGUUGCCCCCUCUGGUCAAGCCAUGUCCCGGGCCGCCAUGCCCUUCGGGCUGCUGCGCAGGGAGUUGGCCUGCGAGGGUUAUCCUAUAGAGCUGCGCUGCCCAGGAAGUGAUGUGGUGAUGGUGGAGACAGCCAAUUAUGGACGCACUGAUGACAAGAUCUGUGACGCAGACCCCUUCCAGAUGGAGAACACACAGUGUUACCUUCCUGAUGCACUAAAGAUUAUGUCCCAGAGAUGUAACAACCGAACUCAGUGUGUGGUUGUCGCAGGGGUCGACGUCUUCCCAGACCCCUGCCCCGGAACGUACAAGUACCUGGAGAUCCAGUACGAGUGUGUCCCUUACAAAGUGGACCAAAAAGUUUUCGUGUGCCCCGGCUCAUUGCUCAGCAUCCAGCCAGACUCCUCGCUCCUGGAGGCGGAGCAUCAGUCCGGAGCCUGGUGUAAAGAUCCCCUACAAGCUGGCGACAGGCUGUACGUCAUGCCGUGGACGCCCUACAGAACAGAGGUCCUGUAUGAGUACGCCUCGUGGGACGACCUCCGUCAGAACAGAGUCACCACUACCUACAAGUUGCCGAGUCGUGUGGAUGGUACAGGUUUUGUGGUGUAUGACGGUGCUGUAUUUUACAACAAGGAGCGAACUCGCAACCUGGUCAAGUAUGACCUGCGAACUCGCAUCAAAAGUGGCGAGGCAGUGGUGGUCAACGCCAAUUACCAUGACACCUCUCCUUACCGCUGGGGAGGAAAGUCAGACAUUGAUUUGGCGGUGGAUGAAAAUGGGCUUUGGGUUAUCUACUCUACUGAAGCCAACAAUGGACGUAUCGUGGUCAGCCAGGUGAACCCAUACACCCUGCGUUUUGAGGGCACCUGGGCCACAGGCUUUGACAAACGUGGGGCAAGUAACGCCUUCAUGGCCUGUGGAGUCCUCUAUGCAGUGCGCUCCGUCUUUCAGGACGAUGAGGGCCAGGCCGACAGCCGAGCCAGCAGCAACAUGGUGGUGUAUGCCUAUGACACCAGUCGAGGUCAGGAGCUGCCAGUUCAGAUACCAUUCCCCAACCCUUACCAGUACAUCUCCUCCAUCGAUUACAACCCCAGAGACAACCAGCUAUAUGUGUGGAAUAACUACUACAUGCUGAGAUACCCUCUGAGUUUCACACCGCCACCACCAACUAAAGGUCCCCUUUCCUCUCUGAUGACCACUGUGCGGUCCUACACAGCUACAGUCGCUCUUACCCCGGUGCGGCCGUCAGCCUCGCACCCAAUCGGCGUCAUUAACAGGGGGCCGAUCACACCCAUGGUUCCCCUGACCCCACGCCCUCCUCUGCGGGUUCCCUUGGCCCCCGGCGGACCCGGUCAGGUGGGCGGAUGCGAGGGCCGGGUUGCACGAGGAGUUCAGUGGCCCCCAACCUUGAAGGGAGAGACAGUCGAGCGGCCCUGUCCUAAAGGGUCCCUGGGAAUCGCUUCUUAUCAGUGCAUUUCAUCUCCGGUGGGUUGGAACUCCCGAGGGCCUGACCUUUCCAACUGCACCUCUCCCUGGGUCAGCCAAAUCGCACAGAAGAUCAAGAGUGGAGAGAACGCAGCCAACAUCGCCGGGGAGCUGGUCAACCUGACCCGGGGACGGAUCUAUGCCGGUGACAUCAGCAUGUCUGUCAGGCUAAUUGAACAGCUCUUGGACAUUCUGGACUCUCAGCUCCAGGCCCUGAGACCAGCCAAUAAAGAGUCGGCUGCACGCAAUUACAAUAAGCUGCAGAAGAGAGAGCGAACGUGCAAAGCAUAUGUUCAGGCUGUGGUUCAGAUAGCUGAUAACCUGCUGGGUCCUGAAGCCCUGGUGUCCUGGGCCGAUAUGAGCAACCUUGACCAGUCCCGUUCUGCAUCGCUGCUGUUGGAUGCAGUUGAGAAAGGAGCGUUUCUGUUGGCGAACAAUCUCUACGAAGGGCGUUUCAGUGACAGGGCACCGAAUGUCGAUCUAGAAGUGUAUGUACUAAAUACAGAGGCCGACAUACAGGACUUGACAUUUCCUCACUCCUAUGACAGCGACAGCAUCCUGCAGAUAUCAGCCCUGGCCCUGCAGCAGUACAGCAACAAUGGUCAGGUGAAGCUGGUUCUUUCCCUCUUCAAGAACGUGGGCCCCUUCCUCACCACCCAGAACUCAACUUUGCGGCUGGGUCUGGGACUUGCCCAAGGCCAAGAGCCCAGACGCAGAAGCCUCGUGGUCAACUCCCACGUCAUCUCUGCUUCAGUGCACAGAGGAACCAACCGAGUGUACCUCACAGAGCCAGUGAUCUUCACUCUCAGACAUCUUCAACUGGAAAAUCACUUUGGUCCCAACUGUUCUUUCUGGAACGCUUCGGGGGUUUCUGGGAGUGGCAGGUGGUCCACGCAGGGCUGCCGCCUGUUGCACACAAACAACACACACACAACUUGUGCGUGCAACCAUCUGUCCAGCUAUGCUGUCCUCAUGACAUACCAGCAGCCAGUUUUUGGUGCCAGUGUGGAGGAGCUUCUGGUCUACGUGGUUUCCUGGGUUGGCAUCGCUGUUGCUCUAGUGUGUUUGGCUACCUGCCUUAUCACCCUCUGCUGCCAGGGGGCGCCAUGGCACACAGACCACAGCACCAUUCACUGCAACCUGUGGGCCAACCUGCUCAUUACAGAACUUAUCUUCCUUAUUGGUGCCAACAAGACUAAAUACACCGUUCUCUGCUCCAUCACUGCUGGCCUCCUGCACUUUUCGCUGCUUUCUGUGUUUUGCUGGUUGUGUCUGGAGGCCGUGGAGCUGUACCUUCUGCAGAGGGAAGUGUUUGAGGGACGUAACUCCAGGAGGAAGUAUUUUUACCUCUGUGGUUACUCUGUGCCUGGGCUGGUGGUGGCUGUUUCUGCAGCCAUUGACUUCAGAGGAUAUGGCUCGAAAACAGCGUGUUGGCUACGCACAGAUAACUACUUCAUCUGGAGCUUCCUCGGACCUGUAGCUGUCAUCAUUAUGUUGAACCUGAUUGUUUUGGUGAUGACCUUACAUAAGAUGCACAGCACUGCUGCACUCAAGCCUGACUCCAGUCGCCACGACAACCUGCGGGCCUGGGCGGUGGGCUCUCUGACUCUCCUCUUCCUGCUUAGUGUCACCUGGUCCUCGGGCUUGAUGUUCCUGUCUGGUCCAUCUCUUCUGCUGGCUUAUCUCUUCUCCUCCCUCAACACAGCCCAGGCCCUACUCAUCACCAUCCUCCACUGCACACUAGCCAGGAAGGGUCAGAAGGAUUAUGGACGAUGCCUACGUCUCUCUCAGUGCUGUGCAACGUCCUCAUCCAGCUCUCCAGACUCGGUGAAAGGUGCCGCGCUUCGCUCCAACAGCCGCUAUACUGGCAGCCAAAGUCGAAGAGCAACAGCAAACAGACAGAGCCGCAUCAGAAGGAUGUGGAACGACACGGUUCGCAGGCAGACUGAAUCCUCUUUCAUUGCUGCAGACGUUAACAACACUCCAACACUUAACAGAGCUGCUUUAGGAAACCAUUUCCUUACAAACCAAAUGCUGCAGACUCAUGCUGGAGCUUCUCCUUAUGACACAAUGCUGGCGCAGGGAUACAAUCAACCCUUCACUUCCACUGUAGGAACCUUCAGAAACAAACAGAAGGGUGGAGUGUCACAGAGCCAGGAAUCCUGUGCAUUGGACAGUGUUUGUCUCAAUGGAGGCUACACCUCCAACACCUUCACCCUUCAUGGUCUGGGUACAACACCUGGGUCCCGAGCAGGAGUGGUGGGCAGCGCUGACCUUCUGAGGGAGGGGGGAGUUGGGCUUGGAGGUGAUGACAUUUCACCAGGGCUCCUCACACCACAUGGCUCGACAGAUAUGAACAGCGGAGCCGGAUUGCAUCACAAUCUGUCCGACGCAGCGGCUCUAGAGAAGAUGAUCAUCUCAGAGCUGGUGCAGAGCAACCUGCGGCCCCCAGGUCCCAUGCCUGUCCCGCCUGAGCGCUAUGGGAGUCUGGCGAGGCCGCAUCACAAUGAGAGGCCAGCUCUUACUCACACUGCUACUUUAACCCGGCACCCACAGCCCCCACAAGAGGGCUGGUCUGCUACAGUGCAGCCAAGCUCCCGGCAAAAUGCACAAGAGGGCUGGGCACAUGUAAGGCAGCCCACACAGGACACUGAGACAAACGCCACCACACAUGGUCAAGACCAUGCCACCACGCCUCGCUUACAAGAUGGCUGGUCACACGGACGCAUUUCUGGAGACUCAGAUACCCAGGAGCUGCUGAAAGACGGAGACCGCUCACAGCUGCAAGGCACUCUAGGUCGGCGUGGACACCAGGAAAGGCUGCUAGCACGACCUCCAGAUGUCCAGGCUCGGCCUUACUCCACCCUUAGCCGCACCCCGGGUACUCUGACCCGCCACCGCAGCACAGUGGAGUCGACCGGAGGGACAGAAAGAGACAGGGAAAGGGACAGAGAGCGAGACAGGGAUCGUUACCGAGACAGACCCCUCCCUCCUCCUCCUCCCCCACCUCCACAGGAGCAAGAGUCACUGUACAAAGCUCUAGAAGAGCCACUGCUUAUGAAACAAAGAGAAACAGUUGUAGAGGCAUGGAGAGGUGGCCAGGACAUGGAAAAGGAUGAGACAUUUCUGCUGAAAAGAGAUGGAAUAAAUGACGACUGGAGAGGGGGAACUGAGAGGGGGAGAGACGAGUCUUUUACCUCUCAUAAGCGAGAUGGCACGAUGGAUGAUUGGAGGGCUGGCAUUGAGAGAGGGAGGGAGGAAUCUAAAUUGCUGGAGAAGAGAGAUGGACGACUGGAGCUGUGGCGAGCAGGGGAGACAGAGCAGGGAGAGACUUUCAUUACUCAGAAGAAAGAUUUUGGGAUGGAUGGUUGGAGAAGUGGGAUAGAGAGAGAGAAAGAUGAAUCCUUUUUUUUGAGGGACAGAGAUGGAUGGAGGGCAGGGAUUGAACGAGAGAGUGAGAAACAGAAGGACAGAGCAUUGGAUGUUUGGAGAGGGGGCAUAGAUUUGGACAGUGAGGAAUCUUUCUCAUUUGAAAACAAAGAUGGAGGCCUCGACGGGAGGAUCAGAGGGAAAGACCGAGGAUCUCUCCGGUAUCAUGGCGAGCGACAGGAUUCAGACAGCUUCACCCUACCCUUGACUCCCGACCUUGACUUGGACCCUGAUUCCUCCCCCAUCUAUACCCGAGAUUCAAAUCCUUCCCCCCUCUACCCCGGAGACCGCUGCUCGCCGCCUCUAAACAUUUUCUCCCGAAACCCUCCCCCAACAAACAUCUUUGCUCCACGAGAGGACAACUCGCCUCCCGACAACCUCUACUCCCGCCACUCUCCGCAGGUGUACAGCCGCAGCGUCUCCCCUCCCCGCUUUUACACCCGCACCUCCCCGCCAACUCACAUGUACCCAGACAGCAGCCCUGAAGGCCCAGAAGAAGUCAGCCCCACCAGUGUACAUCAGCCCCAGCGGCCCACUCUGGAGCUGCCUUACAGUCUGGGGCGCCCCCCGCUGGGGCCGAGGCCAAAUCACCUGCAGACCUUCUACCAGCCCCCGCCACUAGCUUCAAACGGAGAGACAGGGUACUCGGCAGAGUCCACCUCUGAUGGAGACGAUGGACAGAUGCAGAGGGUGACGAGUCUGUGACUAGGGCGGUGGUGAUUGGGGUAUAGAUACCAGGGGGGAGAAGGAUGAUGGGUGAUAAUUUUAACAAAGUCAAAAACAAACAGAUGGAAACUAAGAUGUUUUAGAAAAAUAAUGAUGUUGGACUGCUUUAACAAUUCUGACAUUUACAUGAUGGCUCCUCCCUGCUUCUACCCCCUGAUCACCACGAGACUCCCCCUUCUCCAUGUUUUGUUACUUUUGUACGACUGUGAUCCAUUUAUAGCUGCUUCUCCUCCUGCCACUCCCUCUUCUGUCUUUCCUAAAAGCCUCUUGUGUCUUCCCAUCUCAUAGGUGCUUUCCUUAAUCGGUCUCCGCCGCCUAGGUUUUGCUUCAUUGGCUGGGUGUUGCCCCUCCCUGUAGCAAACAGUGUGUCAAAGAAGCACUUGUGUGUUGCCAAAAAAAAUCUUUUAAAGAAAUCGUGCAUGACUUUAUAGUGGCUUUGCAAGGCUACAUACUGUAGAAGGACGCGCUGACGCGUACAUGCGGGUGAGUCUGCAUAGCUUGAUGAGCAUGUGUGUGUGUAAGGAUGUGUAUAUAUGUGUAUGACAGAAAGUAUGUGUAAAUAAAUCAUUAUUGUAUAUUUAAUGUAUCACAUUGAAGCAUUUUAUCAAUACCAACCGGAAGAGCUCUCUGUCUCUCUCCUUCUCCUGACUUUGACUCGACCCAUUUCACGUAAAGACCAAAACUUCUUCACCCAGAGCUUGCCACGAACUGCUGGUGGACGAACUCGUUGACUGCAGAGCCUGAGAUCAUGUAAAACCUCAGAUAUUUUCUGCAACCCCUCCUGAGAUCCUUGUACAUAUCAACCUCAAGUGUUCUGAUUGUCUUGUAUUGCUAUUGAAGUUCAAGUAAACAUGUGAAAUAAAUGUUCCUGUUUUUCUGUUUGUGCGCACAAAGAGAGAUGGAGGCAUUCAGAGAAAUGAUACAAAUUUUGUUAGUAAUGAAACAGAAAAGAUGCUGAUGUUCUUUUCAGACACCCUGAGAAGAACACGAAGAAUUAGAAAAAUAUAGUUAUGUACAUUUAAAGUGAAUAAAUAAAUGCUACUUUAUACAUCUACUGUAGACUCUGGGUCAGUUUGCCCCCUUUGCCAAUUCAUACCCUGAUUUCAUACCUACAUGUUACUAUUUCCUGCCUGUGAACAAAACCCACCUAUCUAACCAUUUCUUAUCAGUUUAUUUAUAGGUAGUUAAAGCGAUAGUUCAGAUUGAUUGGAGUGAGGUUAUGUUAAAAGGUUAAUAUCUCUACCUGCAGUAGAGAAUUUAGUAUAAAUCCAGAUUAGUUAAACCCAGAGGCUAAUCCCAACAUCCAGGCCAAAACAGACUUCUGAUAUAAUAAAACAACUCCAGUCUCAAACCCAUCACAGGGGUUUAUGCAAAACACUAAGUUAUGAACCUUUAAACCCUUAUGUUUGCUUUGGGAGUUAAUUUACAAAGGAGCUAAGAAUUAUAUUCAAGAAAAGUAGGUAGGAGACAGCCAUCAGUGAUCUUUCUCUAUGAAUCAUAUUCUAAGAAAGUAACAUGCAAGGCUUUCCUGGCCAAGGUUACUAUCUAACGGAACAGGAUGGCAGUCAAUAAAAUUGUGUAUUUUUGGUUAUUUAUACCUACUCACUUUUAUAUCAGUCAGUUACUCUGGCAAGAAACACAACAUAUUUCAUUCUCAGAAUGAGUUUCACAGAUCAUUAGCGGUGCACCACCUUCUGCCUACCAAAACGAAGUGAUGCUCGUUACGAAUCAUUCAAAGGCACACAGCUCCUUGACGUCCCCAAAACAUCUGGUUAGCCAAAGACCAAAACUGCAAAAGUAUGAAAUGGUGAAGGGGUGUAAUGGCCAGCACCCUCUAUUGUGUGGUAUUUAAUACAGAACAUGACCAUACUGCAGCAUCUAUGUACAAAACAAGUGAAACAGCUACAAAACAGUGCAAAAGUCUUGGGUCAUCCUGUAUUAUUUUUCACUUUCAUGAAAAUUCACUUCUGGCUUUUUGUAAAGUCUUUUACAAAUUCUUCUUGGACUCUUUCUGGGCGCUUUUUUUUUUUUACUGAUUUCCUGUUCACCACCAGUACCCAACCAAGGCCGCAUGUUAUAAAAUGUGUUCUUUGAAAAAUGAGGAAAAUGCAGAUGAACAGUAUCGAAAAGUCUUGUCUGUAAAAAAAUGAGAUUAAUCAUCUUUUAAUUGAUCAUUUACUGAUUGCAAGGUUUUCAGUUUGUUGGAAUUAAAUGGUUAUACUUGGGACAUUUCAAAAAUAAAGAAAUGGUUACAUCUGAGUCUUUGUGACUCAAUACAAUUUGUCUUUGGUUCUUUGCUAAAUUGCACAUAGACACCAACCCAGUUUGGCCCUUUUUAAAAGCUUUCUGUGAGUGAAGUGGCCUAAUAAAAAAUAAUUUACAGGUUGACAGGUAUUGGGCUGUAAAAAAAAAGUAGCAAAACCCUGAAGAAAAAUUUAAAAGACUUGAUAAAAGCCAUAAGAACCGAGGGGAUAACUUAAAGACUUUUGCACCAAUCUGUUCAUAAGCCAAGAGGUAAAAAAUUUUACCAUCUUAUAUUGCCAGCGUAGCUGAAAACUUUCAACAGAAUUAUAUAUUGAUCAAAAUCUUUUUAAUUAAAGAAUGCAGAUUAUUCAAUCACAAAUCAGGUUAAUGGGAACUUUUAUCAAAAGAUUAACUUUACAACAUAAGUUUGAUCUUUGUAUUAUGUGAUCUUUUCUGAGCAAAACUAAAAAUACUAAAAGACCAAAUUUUUACAGGCACUGGAAGUAUCAUGUGAAGUAAGAGGCAGUCGAAAUAGAGACACUUUGUUCUUUAGACUCCAGUGAUGAAGAUGAGGACAUUCAUUUCUGGCAGCAGGGAUGAGAAGUAAGGAUAGAUCUGCUGAAAAGAAAGUUCAAAUACAAAAUAAUUUCAUUUAAAAAUGAUUGUAUGAUUUUAAUGACACCGAAAUUGUAGAUUGUAUUACUUCUCUUGAUCAAAUAAAUUUUUUUACAAUUAA